AUGCUUGAAUGGAGGGAAGCAUUUGGUGACCUCAACUCUACCUGCACAUUACCUCAGGGACUUCCUUCGAGUGUUGCUGUCAGUGUAUCGCUGUUUGCCUGACACGUCCUGUCGUUCCCCACUCCGUCCUUGACCGGGAAGCGCUACCUUGUCACGUUUCUAGACGACCACUCUCGCAAACUCUGGGCAUAUGCGAUCGAUCACAAAAGCGAUGUUUUCCCGACCUUCCAGACUUGGCUCGCCGAAGUGGAGUUAGAGACGAACGCGCGGUUGAGGAUCCUUCGAACCGACAAUGGCGGGGAGUACCGAUCAAACGCAUUCACGGAGUUCUGCAAAUCCAAGGGCAUUCGUCGUCAAUACUCUAUCCCUUACACGCCUCAACAAAACGGUCGCGCCGAACGUGUCAACCUCUCCAUCGUCGAGGGCGUCCUCGCUCUCCUUGCGGACGCCCGUCUGCCGGCCACCUUUUGGGAUGAAGCGGCUGCGUAUUUCGUUUAUUGCAAAAACAGGUGCUCACACUCAGCUUUGGCCAAACAGACUCCAGAAUCCGUUUGGAACGGCCAACGCACCACCGCCACCGCCCUCCACCCGUUCGGCUGCACAGCCUGGCUCACGGUCGCCCCGGACCUUCGCAGCAAGCUCGACCCCAAGGCCGCGCGCGUGAUCUUCACAGGUUACGACCUCGCCUCCAAAGCUUUCCGUUUCUUUGACCAUUCCAUCAACAAGAUUGUACUUGGUCGCAAUGCCACCUUCCUCGACGACGACUUCCCCGGCCUGCCAGUCACCACGCCCGUCGAUGCAGACGACACCGACCGUCAGUUCGUCGUUCCCGCCGACACGCCCGCCCCUGCCGUCAAGACGAGGACCCCACUAGUAAGGUCGGCGCACAUGGACGUCUCAUCCUCCCUUGAUGAUUCUGCCAUGAGCGCCGUUGACGUGGCCCCAGGGUACACUGGCGGAACCUUACUUAAUUCCACAGAUACCGAAUCGUCCUCGUCACUGUCUCCUGAGCCGUCCUCGUCACCGUCGCCCACAAACCCUUUGUCACCGUCGCCUGCGCUGUCACCGUCGUUGGCAGCGUCAUCGUCACCCUCGGUCUCACCGACCGACUCUGACUACUCCGCCGACCCUCUGGACCUCAUCGGCUCACAGACCCCGACUCGCCUUGGCCCACCGGACGUGCACCGCCCAGACUUCAGCACGUACCGUGAGCCCGCAUCGGCUGAGGAGUCGCCCGACGAACUCGACAUCAUUGGGCGUCACUCGCGCGAUGAAUCGCCGGAUGAAAUCGAUUUCCUCACCCAACACCACCGCGCCUUCAUCGCCACAGACGACGACGACCCCACCCUCGACGCCAUCGAGCCCGUCAAAUCGAUCACUAGCGACCCCCAGACCUGGCGCGAAGCAAUGUCCAGCGACGAGCACAACAUCUGGGCUGAGGCCGCCGCCGCCGAGUUCACCGCCAUGCGCGACGACUUCAAGGUGUUCACCAUCGAGCCUCGCUCAUCUGUACCGCCGGGCGCCACCAUCGUCACCUCCAAAUUCGUCUGGAAGACCAAGCGCAACGCAAGCGGUGAAGUCACGGGGCGGAAGGCACGUCUUGUAGCGCAGGGUAACCGACAGCGCGACGGCAUCGACUUCUCAGAAACCUUCGCACCCGUCGCCCGUUUCUCCUCCAUUCGCUGCCUCCUGGCUCUUGCCGCUGCCAAUGGCUACCACGUUCAUCAGGCCGACAUCGACAAGGCUUACCUCCACGGCGAGCUCGAUCAUGAUAUCUGGAUGACGACACCACGCGGUUUCGACUUCCCGAGCGAUAAGGUUCUCCGGCUGCGACGCUCAAUCUACGGUCUCAAGCAGGCCGGUCGCAUCUGGAAUCGUCACAUUGACACAUCACUCAGGAAUCUGGGGUACAAGGCAACAGGCACUGAUCACUGCAUUUACUCUCGCAUUGACGAUCAGCAGCGGCCUCACUAUAUCGCCUUGUAUGUCGACGACCUCCUCAUUGUCAGUCCAGCCCUCGACGAGAUCGAACGUGUCAUCUCCGGCCUUGAACAGCGGUACGGCGUCAAACGACUCGGCCCCGCGGAGUACAUCCUCGGAAUCCAAAUACGCCGCCUGGACGACGGUUCCAUUGCUCUAUCCCAGGAGCGCUACAUCAUGGACGUGCUGGCCCGUUUCCACUUCGACACCACGACACGCGGCACUACGGUGCCGAUGACGCCCGGCCUCUCGCUCACGGCAAUUCCGGGUCAGGGAACGGAGCGCAUUCGUUCGUGGUACCUACAGGCCAUCGGCUCCCUCCUCUACAUCUCCCUUGGCACUCGACCCGACAUUGCCUUCGCCGUCUCGUACCUGUCCCGGUUCGCCAACAACCCCGGCCGCCGCCAUUGGAUUGCCGUCAAACACGUCCUUCGCUACCUUCGCGCCACGUACCGCGAUGAGCUUCUCUAUGCCCGCGGCCCAGCAAAAGUCACGGGUGUGGUUGGUUAUUCUGAUGCGAACUGGGGCGCCUGCGUCGACACAUCCAUUUCAACGAUGGGCUACGUAUUUUACUUGGCAGGCGCCGCUGUCUCUUGGUCGUCGAAGCGUCAGACUCGGGUAGCGGAUUCCACCACUGAUGCCGAGUACCUGGCCUUGUCGCACGCGGGUAAGGAAGCGAUCUACCUUAACCAACUCCUCUCCGAGCUCCACGUUUGCCCAAUCGCUGCAGCUCACAUCUUCACCGACAACGAGGCCGCGGCCGCCGUCGCUCACGACCCCGUUCGCACCUCCGGCACCCGGCACAUUCGCCUCCGCGAGCAUUUUGUCCGUGACAUGGUCAAUCGAGGUGAUAUCUCUCUCUCACACGUUGGCACAGCAGACAUGGUUGCGGACGUAUUCACCAAAGCGCUAGGCCCCAAGAUUUUUGGUACACAUUGCUAUGCUCUAGGCCUCCGGACGCGACAUCCACGGCUCAAGUCUACCUCGCGUUCGCGUGGGGGGGGUGUGAGGAAUCCACUCUCCGCUCGGCUCAGGACUUAG